CUCCAAACACGUGUCUUGCGCAUGACGACAAAAACAAAACUCGAAAUUUUAUAGAUGAAUAAUACAUUUCACUGUUUUCCUGUACUAUAGAAUCUAGAAAAUUUCGGUGUACUAUCCUAGAAGCAAAACUAUACAAUAAUAUAUACGAAGGCGGUCAUCAGUCGUCGCCGAGACUCGUCAGCGUUCACGUUUGUUCCUGCGGACAAUUUUGUGUGACACAGAGAGAGGAUCCGAUCUUGCGCCGAGAUGUCAAAAGAUGUCAAGAAGACCAGCGAUCAGAAAAUGAAGCAGAAACGACGCGAAAAGGACCAUGAUAAUAAAAUACAUUCCAUGAUCCUGAAGGCAAGGGAGGAACUGGACAAUGUGAGGAAAAAUAACAACGAAGAUAGGUCAAGAAGACCAAGUCAUGCAAAAAUUUCCAACAGACUUCUGCCAAAACCUGCUCUCGGCAUAUAUAGAAAUGGUUCAAAGGGCAAAGACAUCAAAAAAGAAUCAUCAGAAAGUAUGUUUGAUAGAGCUCGGUUGGAAGCAGAUGCAUUAAAGCUUUUUAAUGGUGACACUUCAGAAUCCAAUUAUAGAGAAGAGGAUUUAACUCAUAAUGAAACUACUAAUCAAUCACCAAAUAAAAGCUUUGUAAAAAAUAGCUUAAACUGGACACAAAGCACUCUGGAGCAAAGUCCUAUUUUGAGAGAGAAAUGGAGAAAUCAGAAAACUUACCCUAAGAAAAGGCAUUUUUUCAAAAACUAUAAUUCUGAUGAAAUUGAAAAACAAAAUAAUGAAUCAAAAUAUGUUGCCCAAAAAGAAAACAUAUUUAAGCGAAAACUGUUCCAAAAUGACAAGGAACAAUCAAAAGAUAUCAUUGCUACUCAGAUGCAAACAUUCGAUAAUGAUUUUAUGAAAGAAAAUCGAAUAAAUGAAAAUAGAACACAACAGACACUUGAAGACAAUAAAAAUUCAUCCAACAAAUCGAAACUCUAUGUAAAACUUUGUGGCAUGACUUCUGCCACAAAUUUUGAAGACUCCCGAAGUAAUAAAAAAGGUCCUCUUACAACAAUAAUUACAAAUUUACAACACAUCUUCUCUCAGUCUCAACAACGUGGAUGUAAAAAGUAUAAACAACAAUUGGAAGCUGUGGAAUAUCAAACAUAUAAUAAUUUAGAUACUUCAUUAGAUUCAACUUCAGUCAUCGAAUAUGAAGUUCCUAAUAAUAGUAAAAAUAAGGAACAUAAUGCAGAAGAUGGCAACAUUUAUUUGAUGCAAAAUGAUAAUGUAGCACAUAAUAGUUCUACAUCCCUUGCAUUGCAAAAAGCAGCAAAUUUUUCUUUAGUGAAUGAAGAGGAUUCUAUCCAGAAGGAUUUCAAUUAUAUUGCUCACUCGUCGAAAGAUAAACGGCACAACAAGGAUUAUUUUGUUCUUGAUCUUUCUAAAAAUGCACAGAGUAUCGAUAACAGGAGACACGCAGAGACCUCAACUCAUUCAAAUGAUUCCAUGUUACUUGCUAACAAAUAUUCAUCAGAUGAUUAUGAUUCCGAAGAAGAAUUGACUAAUAUUUGGAAAAAUACUUCUGCUGAAGUAACAAAUACGUAUAACAGGGAGAAUGUUGAACAACCUGUCAUUCAUCAAUAUGAUGAGAGGAAUCGCUCUAAGAGAAAUCAUUCUGUGGAAAGAAGUGAUAAAAACGUGUACGAUGAGGCUUAUAUGGAAAGAUAUAAUAUAUUUGGAAUUGAUAUAAAUAAUAAAUAUCCAGCUAAUGAAAGACGUACUUAUGUUGAUUCUUUUAGUCAACAACUUUUGCGCGAAAAAAGUAAACGAGAAUUAGAAACUGUGAAAUCAUCUGAUCUGUCUGUGGAAUAUCAAGCUCGCACAUAUUCAGAUGCUUCAGAUGCUUUGCUAAUAUCACCAAAUUUAAUGUCGACUUAUAAAGUCAAUAAAAUUUCUAAAUAUAAUGAAAAUUUAUUCAAGUUUCCUUCAAGAAAAGACGUAUCUCAAAGGGAAGACACAUACCUAGCACAUUCGAGCAAUUUUCCUACCCCUAGUAUAAUAAACAAACAAUUUGUGAAUACUCACGAUCGAGUAGAAUCAUUCAAGCCGCAGAUUGAAUCAAUAGCACAUUCGAGCAAUUUUCCUACCCCUAGUAUAAUAAACAAACAAUUUGUGAAUACUCACGAUCGAGUAGAAUCAUUCAAGCCGCAGAUUGAAUCAAUAGAAUUAGAAGACUCACAAGAGUCAUUGGUAAAUCAGUUUGAUAUAAAUAUGCAUCCCAACAAACUGAAUGGGAGGAACAAAUUGUAUCCAUUCCACAACUUGCAAACCUUGGAGACUUCAUUGGAUACAAAUUUAUUUAUGGAACAACUGAAACAGGAACGCGUUAAACCACUUAAAAAGAGAUUUUACUUAGACCCAAGUACCUCUGAUAAUUUCAAUGUACAAUCAAUCCAAUCAUUGCCUCAACGGACCAGACAAUAUACAUGCGAGAACGACGAUAGAAAGCAAGAACUUUUUAAGAAGACUAUUCGCAAUCCGUACCAAAACAUCUUGUUCAACAACUCAAGAGCGAUAAAUCAUCCAUCGUCAACAUUGAACCUCAGUCAAACCGGCGCAAGACGUAGAGAAUCUACGUACGAAGAAAUAUUUAAUAAACCGGACAUGGAAUGCUCUAGGAAUCAAACUAAUUCCUAUUAUUGCCAUAACCAGCCCAUUCAUUUUGAUUCUGUCAAGUAUCAACAUAAAUGUCACGUCUCGCAAGCGCGUCCAUUUCAUGAAGGAGCUCUGCAAUCCGGAAUCUUACAGGUCGAAGAUUAUAACAGCCACAUAAACAACUACAUUAAUUUGUCCAAUAAUGUGCAAGGUAUACCGUCAUCAUUACUGCAACAACAACAUGCUACAUACCUGAAUGUACACGACGAUCAGCAUUGCGCUGCGCAAAACAUCACUCAGCCUGUAAAAUAUUUCGCUGUAAGCAACAACUCCAACAUCCAACGAAUUCCCAUUUAUAUAAGCGAUAAAAGUAUUAUAGAAAAUGCCCCAGUAGUACCUCUAGUAAAAUCAAAUGUUCAAAACACGGAAGAGGUCUAUUUUCACAAGUGAAUAAUUUACAACACAGAUAAUACAAUUGCAACUCCAUUGAUUACAUUUAAGAAUAACGAUUAGUUUCUUAUGAAGCUUUAAAUUCUGUAAUAUUUAGUCCAGUAAUUGAUUUGCAAUUUUUAAUAUAGUUAAUACUUUUUGAAAUUGUAUAAGAAUGUAUGUUGCAAUUUUAAGUUUAUUGAUAAUGUAUAUAAUUAUACAAAGGAACAAAAGCUACUUUUCUUUUUUCAACAAAUUGCAAAAUAUAAAUCCUUGUAAGAUACUACUACAACUAAGAUAAAAAUUAUAUCUAGAAAAGCUAAGAAAAAAUACAUACACUCUUAUAUAUAUAAAGAAAUUUAU